AUGGGUUGCAGUGCCAGCACAGAUCAACAAACUGACCGAGUUGCACUUCCACGAGUUCCAUCUCCCCGAGUUCCAUCCGCGAGAACAAAGGUGGACCAGUCUUUUGACGACAUCAUGUGUCACAGCAGCCACAGCGCAAUCUCUGAUUUUGUAGCUCCCACAAGAUCAGUCUUUCCUCCAGCGCGUCCACUGGAAGUUGACCAAAAUCUCAGUCCCAAAUCGUGGACCUAUGACAAUAUUCAUGUGCCUGAAGGAAUGCGCAUUGCAGCUCCACCAAACAGGGCGAUGCAUGACAGUCACAUGCGGAAGCUGAAUGCGUUUCUCAAGGCAGUUCAUAACAAACCAGAGAGUUUGCACGUGGCAGUCGGUGUGAAACGUGAGGUGGAGGAUAUUCUCACCUGCAUUGCUGAUGGACAGUGA